AUGAAGAGACUGAAAUCAAUAAGAAUCAAUGACAGGGAGACGGUUCCAGGGGCCAAGAAGGACUCGGGAAGCACCAACUUUAGUGGUUUUUACUUUGACAGCUCUAUGAUGGUCUUUUUCGGCAAAACUGAUCAAUAUCACGCCUUCUAGUGAUUCAGUAAGCUACCAAUGAAGAUACUAAAAUCGAAAAGAAUCAAUGAAAGGGAGACGGUUCCAGGGGCCAAAAAGGGCUGACCGUCACCGUGUUUGGAAGCUCUAUGGAUGCCUUUGGAAGACCCUUUUUCGAAAAUUUUCAUUGGCACUAGGCCUUCAAACUAUCCGAGAAGCUACCACUGAGCAGACCGAAACCAAAAACACGGUUCCGAGGACCGAGGAAGGCUCUAUGAUGGCCUUUUCCGGCAAAAGUGAUCAAGUACACGCCUUCUAAUGAUUCAGGAAGUUACCAAUGAACGGACUAAAAUCGAAAAGAAUCAAUGACAGGGAGACCGUUCCAGGGGCCAAGAAGGACUCGGGAACGAGUGUUUGUGUUAGCGGAGAAUCGGCAAACAGUGCCGAGUCCAGCUCCUACGUCAGCCGCCUCCCGCCGCCGACCGGGAUCGAUGACCGUUUAGGGGAUGUUUCCGUCGGUCCGGAAAGCGCGCCCGACGGCAAACAGGUCGCUUUCGGACCAGCCAACCCCCCGCAAGAGCCCCAACACAAUCAUUUCUUCCGCGGCUCGUGUGAAACUUGA